AUGAAGGGUUUAAUUCUAGUUGGUGGUUACGGUACCAGAUUGAGACCUUUGACUUUGACUGUCCCAAAGCCAUUGGUUGAGUUCGGUAACAGACCAAUGAUCUUGCACCAGAUUGAAGCUUUGGCCAACGCUGGUGUCACCGAUAUCGUCUUGGCUGUCAACUACAGACCAGAAGUCAUGGUUGAGACUUUGCAAAAGUACGAGAAGGAGUAUGGUGUCAGCAUCACUUUCUCCGUCGAAACCGAGCCAUUGGGUACCGCUGGUCCAUUGAAGUUGGCCGAGAAGGUUUUAAAGAAGGACAACUCUCCAUUCUUCGUUCUAAACUCCGAUGUCAUCUGUGAAUACCCAUUCAAGGAAUUGGCUGACUUCCACAAGGCCCACGGUGGUAAGGGUACCAUUGUCGCUACCAAGGUCGACGAACCAUCCAAGUACGGUGUCAUCGUCCAUGACAUUGCCACUCCAAACUUGAUCGACAGAUUCGUCGAGAAGCCAAAGGAAUUCGUUGGUAACAGAAUCAACGCUGGUUUGUACAUCUUGAACCCAGAAGUCAUUGACUUGAUCGAAAUGAAGCCAACCUCUAUCGAAACCGAGACUUUCCCAAUCCUUGUUGAACAAAAGUCCUUGUACUCCUUCGACUUGGAAGGUUUCUGGAUGGAUGUCGGUCAACCAAAGGAUUUCUUGUCCGGUACCGUUCUAUACUUGAACUCUGUCUCCAAGAAGAACCCAGAAAAGUUGACCAAGGGUGACAACAUUGUCGGUAACGUUAUGGUUGACCCAUCUGCCAAGAUUGCUGCCUCUGCUAAGGUCGGUCCAGAUGUAGUUAUCGGUCCAAACGUCACUAUCGGUGAAGGUGUCAGAAUCACCAGAUCCGUUGUCCUUUCCGACUCCAGUAUUCAAGACCACUCCCUAGUAAAGUCCACCAUUGUCGGCUGGAAGUCUACUGUUGGUAAGUGGUGUCGUUUGGAAGGUGUCACUGUUUUGGGUGACGACGUUGUUGUCAAGGAUGAAGUUUACGUUAACGGUGGUAAGGUCUUGCCUCACAAGUCCAUCUCUGCUAACGUUCCAAGUGAAGCCAUUAUUAUGUAA